GUGUGUGUGUGUGGGUGGGUGUGUGUGUAUGUGGUUGCAUAUGUUUUAGUUAACACGAUUAAUUACUCAGAUGAGAACCCAGCUUUACAUACUGGAACUGAAACUUCUGCUAUCACAGGUUCCUCUUUUUUUUUAACUUAGCAAGUGAAACCACAAUCAACAACUGAACAAAUACAACGUUUUUUUUGCACAGUUAUUUCAUAUAACGGACUCUGAAGCUGCAGCUAAAGGACUGAAUAAUGCUAUGAAAAUCAAGGAGUAAUCAGAAUGAGUCGUUCAGACCCAUAACCUAAUUGGCUGUAGUUUUGCCAAUUUCAUGAUGCAAGUAGAAAAUAAAAAUGUGGAUGGUGACCAGGGAGAACAGAGGAACCUAGAACCUUUCUCUGGAAAAAAUCCAAAUGGACAAGGAGAAACUGAAGAUGAAGCAUUUUACUACCUACCCCGGAGCAGUCCUGUUCUCUCCCGCCGACAAGCAAAAAAAAUUAAGAAACUGUCUUCAGUAGGAAUAAAUAAUAACCAUGAACACGGCAAUAAAAAUGUUCCCGAAACUCUCAAGAACAUUUUCCCAGAAGCACAAAAAAUUCCUACUUCUUCGAGUCAGUGGCUUUCUCAGGUUUUGGACACACAUGAUGCUUCAACAGUUCUCAAAGAUGAAAAAUAUUCUGACAAGCAAAGAUGUCUGACAGGUGGAGCUUCAGCAUCACAAUUUUCAUCAUGUAAGGAAAAUAAUCUUCUCAAUCCUGAAGGCUCACAACUGGAAAAGGAAACCAUAACCUGCUUGAAGAAAUGCUUGAUUUCAGGUGCUGACCAUGAAGAGAAAAUCUCUGAAGCAUUCUAUAGGAACAGUAUCAAUCUUGACCAGGAGAAUGCUCACUUUGUUGUGGUGGACAUGGUGCUGGAGGUUCUUGAGGCAGCAAAGUGGAGUCUGUCUCAGAAACAUUCAGACUCAUUUUCCUCAACUGACAGUGGCUAUGUAGAACCCUGUGACCAUAGACUUUCAUCAAACAGAACUUCUACAGUAAGCAGUUGCUCAGCAGAAAAUCUGGCUCGGAGCUUGCUCAUAGAACUUGAGAGAUGUUGGAUUUCCUCAGAAGAGCUGCUAGGAGAAUGUCCCCUAGCCACUGUCUCCAUGGUGUCAGAAGGUGAAGUCAGCUUGACUGAUGAGAUCCUCUUGAAAAGUCGAUUAAGGGGGACACUGAUAUGGACACCACCCCAAUUCGAGAUAAUAACCAGCAUGACUCCGACACAGAGGCGCAGUGAUGCUGUUGCCUCGCAGCAAUUCCUAUGUGCAGGCUGUGGGACAGAAAUUGAGCCACGGUACAUGAAGAGGUUGCGAUACUGUGACUACCUGGGCAAGUAUUUUUGCGAUGGUUGCCACGGAGGUUGGCAAGCCAUUAUCCCAGCACGGGUUUUGAGCAACUGGGAUUUUGGACGAUACCCAGUAUGCCAGUUUUCCAAGCAGAUAUUGGAGUCCAUUUGGGAAAAGCCACUAUUUAAGAUCACCGAUGUAGCCAAGAAACUGUACUCGCAAGCCAAGGAGCUUCAGAAAUUCAGGGAGCUUCAGGAGCAACUGAUCUCCAUUAAGAAGCUGCUAAAAGCAUGCAGACUAUCUAAAGGGGUCCUUGAUGAGUUCCAGCAACUUCCAUCCCACCUAAGUGACGAGCUACACCUUUUUGCCAUGGAUGACCUAAUCAAGAUCAAAAGGUGUCAGCUUCUUGCCAAAGCGAAGGCAAUAAUGAAAUCUGCAGUAGACCAUGUGGAAGCUUGUCAGCUGUGCCUGGCCAACGGCUUUAUCUGUGAGUUCUGCCAUGGGAAGGAUGUGCUCUUCCCCUUCCAAAGAGAUAUCUGCACACGCUGCCAAGAGUGUAGAGCUUGUUUCCACACUUCAUGUUUCCGAAAUGAUGCAUGUCCUAAAUGCAUCCGGCUCCAAAACAGAAAAGCUGCCAGGAGAUGAAAUUAAGUGUAAUGUGCAUAAAUACAGUACAG